AUGGUUGCAUCGGUGGGAAAGUCGAAGAUCCGCCGCAUCGGCAAGAAGAAGGGCGCGACGCUGAGGGAUGUUAACCCGUGGCGCUGGGCCAAGACGUGUGCGCACCACCUUAAGCGGGAGGGCAAGCUCAUGGUGCCGAACUGCACCGAGAUCGUGAAGACGUCACACGGCCGCGAACGUGCGCCGCAGAACCCUGACUGGUACUACAUUCGCUGCGCCGCCGUGCUGCGCGCGGUGUACAUGCGCCCAGGUGUCGGCUACGGUGGCCUCAGCAAGCGCUUCUCCAACAAGAAGAACCGCGGCAGCCGCCCGGAGAUUACGACGCGCGCCUCCCGCGGGCUGCUUCACUGGUGCUGCAAGAGCCUGCGCAACCUCGGCCUCAUCGAGAAGUGCGAGGAGUCUGGCCACCGCAUCACCAAGGCUGGCCGCAAGGUUUCGGACUCGCUCGCAUUCAAGGUUGCCAUCCGUAAGCUCAACAACCCCACCGCUGCUAAGUAA